GUAACCGAGUUGGCUGCUACCUGGCUCACCAUCGACGGGAAGCUGGAGUGAUGGCCCCUCAGAGCCCACCGGCAGCAGAAGAAGGAGGUGUCAGCGGCGCUCAGCUUAUCGUGGACGCCCUGAAGAUGCAAAACAUUCAAUACAUGUUUGGUAUUGUUGGUAUUCCUGUGACUGAAUUAGCAAUUGCUGCACAAGCAAGUGGAAUUAAAUUUAUAGGAAUGCGCAAUGAACAAGCUGCCUCUUAUGCUGCCUCUGCUGUUGGGUACCUGACAGGCAGGCCUGGUGUAUGCCUUGUAGUUUCUGGUCCUGGUUUUGUACAUGCUCUAGCUGGAAUGGCAAAUGCAAACAUGAAUUGCUGGCCUUUGAUUGUUAUUGGAGGUUCCUCUGACAGAAAUCAGGAAACAAUGGGGGCUUUCCAAGAAUUUCCACAGGUUGAAGCCUGUCGACUAUACAGCAAAUUUGCCGCCAGGCCAAGCAGUCUAGAAGCUAUCCCUGCUGUUAUUGAGAAGGCUGUCAGAAACAGUAUCUAUGGUCGUCCAGGUGCCUGUUACAUUGACAUACCUGGGGAUUUUGUAAAUCUGCAGGUGAACAAGAGCUCUGUCAAGUAUGUGGAGUGUUGUCCAGCACCUCCUAUCAGCAUGGCUGAAGAGAUGGCAGUUUCUCAAGCAGUUUCAUUCAUUGUACAUUCCAGAAAACCACUCUUAAUUAUUGGCAAAGGUGCUGCUUAUUCACGUGCUGAAAACAGCAUCAGAAAGUUGGUGGACCAGUGUGGGCUUCCAUUUUUGCCUACGCCAAUGGGGAAAGGAGUCGUUUCUGACAGCCAUCCAUGCUGUGUAGCUGCAGCCAGAUCUAGAGCACUGCAGUAUGCUGAUGUGAUCGUAUUACUUGGUGCCAGACUAAAUUGGAUUCUACACUUUGGACUUCCUCUGAGAUUUCAGCCAGAUGUAAAAAUUAUCCAGGUAGAUAUUUGUGCAGAAGAGCUGGGGAAUAAUGUGAGACCUGUUGCAGCUUUAUUGGGUGACAUAAAAGCAGUGACGGAGCAGCUUUUAGGUCAACUGAACAAAAAGCUUUGGAAAUACCCUUCCAAUACAGACUGGUGGAAAGAGCUACGAGCAAAAGUGAAAAGCAAUGAAGAGACAUCAAAGGCUCUAUCACUGCAAAAGGGUCUACCAAUGAAUUACUACACAGUAUUCCACCAUGUCAGGGAACUUUUGCCAAAGGACUGUAUUCUCAUUAGUGAAGGAGCAAACACUAUGGACAUUGGGCGCACUAUGCUUCCAAAUUAUGAACCUCGCCACAGGCUUGAUGCUGGGACCUUUGGGACAAUGGGAGUUGGAUUGGGUUUUGCAAUAGCUGCUGCAAUGGUUGCAAAAGAUCAGGAUCCCAAGCAACGAGUGGUCUGUAUUGAAGGAGACAGUGCCUUUGGUUUCUCUGGUAUGGAAGUAGAGACUAUGUGCAGGUAUAGCUUGCCUAUCAUUAUAAUCAUUGUCAACAACAAUGGGAUAUACAGUGGCUUGGAUGCAGAUACUUGGAAGGAGAUACUGAAGCUUGGAGAACCUUCUGCAUGUGUGCCUCCAGUUUCCCUGUUGCCGAAUGCCCACUAUGAGCAGAUUAUGUCUGCCUUUGGUGGCAAAGGGUACUUUGUACAAACACCAGAAGAACUGCAAGCUGCCCUGAAAGCAAGCCUGGCAGAAAAGCACGUGCCUUCUCUUAUUAAUAUAAUGAUUGAUCCACAAUCAGACAGGAAGAAGCAAGAUUUUCAUUGGCUGACCCGCUCUAACAUGUAGCCUAACAUGCACAGUAUGGAAAUCAUGAGCCAAAUGCCAAUAUAAACUCAAAUGAAUGGACUUCCAUUGGCAGCACCCAUCAAGAUUUGAGGCCUGCACUCAAGAUAUGCAUAUCAGCCCCUCUUCUAUGCUGUAUAUUUUUUUACUAGACACCCAUAGCAGUAAAACAAAACCUUCAGUGUCAUCUGCAUCCUUCUGUUUGAUCUCGAGAGCAGAGGGAAGCUCUUUCAAAUACCGAGAGGUUUCUAAAAAGGAAAUCUUCCAAAGCAAGAAUAUUGAUUCUUCCGGAGGGAAGUUCAGUCCUCCUCAUGAUGAGCAAGUAAGUUUUUCCGUUCCAAGAUCAUUCUGCUUGUUUUCAACUUGGAGGUUUUAGAGAAUAUCUGAUUUUAUCUUGUUUCUGAUUUCCCUGCCAUAUGAAAACCCUAAACAUCUUCAGGCAGCCAGUUCCCAUUGUAUUCUCAUCCUUACAAGCCAUGCCUUGUUUAAGAGCUCGAGUGGGUAGCUCUGCAAGAACUUGUAAAAAUCAGCUGACAUAAGCCUGGUGCUCUAGAUGCAAAGAUGAACUCUCAGAUAAUAACAGACCACUGAAGAAAAGGCCAUUUGACUUUGGAAUAGGAAAUACCUGCCUUUCAGCUUCUUUUCUAAUUUAUCCCACUCUUUCUCCUCUCUAACUUGAAGAAAGCAUCUGUGUUGUCUUGGAUCUAGGUACAGUUUCCCAUCCAGUGAAACCUCUCAUGUGUCCUUCCGACUCCCAUUGCCCUGUUUUUUCCUUACUUGGUUUUGGACUCCCCUCCAUCCUUCCAAAAUAGUCAGACAUUGUUCUCUCUCUGUCUCUUUCUCCAACCUUCUCUAUGCAUGCAACUUUUAUUUCUAUCUUUGUAAUGAAAUGUCUGUUUCAAGACUAGCUUGCAAUCUCCUUAUACUUUCCCCACCCGGGUGUACCAGACUUUGGAUUAAAGACCCUUACAUGUGUCAUUCAGGUACUUUUGCAUGAGUUCAUACCUGUGUAGGUAAGGGCACAUUUUUGGCUGUAUGUAGUGUCUCUUUCUUCGUCAUGGUCUCUGUGCAUCACACAUUAUGGGUGCUGCGCCUGUGCAGUGUUUGUAUUCGGGAAGAUUUCAUAGCUUUAAUGUUUUUUGGCAGGAACUCUGCACCCCCUCCCCGGUAUAAAUGGGUGGAGUCCCCGCCUCCUCAUCACUCUCCUUCCGACUGCCGUUCGCUGUGCCUCGGGCUCUUUGCUUACUCUAAUUUUUUCUCACACAAAACUACCUUAUUCUACUUGUCUCCAACUUAUUUCAUGUCUCUGUUUCCCUGAUAUUCAUCUCCUAGUUCUUUCCAACCUCCAAGAAACUCCUUCACUCUUUUACCCUUUCCCUCUUCCCCCACUUAAGCUCUAUCCCCCCCCAAAAAUACAAAAAAGUAAACCCUUUUAUCAUCAUUCUUACUAUCCUUUCUUCUACUGUCCUCGAUGACGCAGCAGGCAGCGUUUCGUAAGUGUGUCCAGUAUGGGGCAAAAAUGUCACCCACAACCCACACUCUUUUUGUCUUCUUUACCUUGGUGAGGGCCAUCACAUGGACAAGUGUGUCCAUUGCCAAGCCUUCACCCGGCAAGCUUGGAAGAAUCAGGAGAAUCGCCUAAAGAAGUUGCUUUGGGACCAAGCACUCUUGGCGAUGAAGGGGGCUACCAUGGCUCCCUCCUCCACUACUCCCGCUUCUGAGAUGAGCGCUCCCCACCAUCCUGUGCAAGAGGAAGGAACUGGUACCAAGGGCAAGCACUCUGAUCAGUCUCGAUCGCCAAAAAAGAGGAAGGAGAAAAGAAAGCAUAUCAAGACCGAGGGGACCGCUGGCUAGCAUCCACAUAUAAGUGCUGUCGCUGAAAUUUUGUGGCAGACGUUGGCUUAUAGAUUGCAUGUAUGGAAACUUGUCAAAAACACACGUCUGAAUGAUGUUUCUGAAGUUGUACUGCUAAAACAAUUUUUAAAAUUGAACUGUAAAAAAAUUCCUGCCAUUUGUUUUUACCAUUGUAGCCAUUGACUGCAAUUCCACUCUCUCCACAAUUCUGAGAAAGCAAGUUUCUCUUAUUUUUGCAUCCUUGUUGCAGGCUACACUCUUGUGUACAAAAUUAACACAAAGAAAAAUAGUGUUCAUCAAGAGUUCAUGACCACAAAUAGCAAUUUUUAAAUCAUCUUUGUUGUACUCUUUAGUUUCGUUUAACAUUUGGAUUAGAAUCUGGCCUAGUUAUAUACUGUAGUCCCAUUAACUUUAGUGUGAAGCAGAGAAAAAUGUUAACUUUUUUCCUAAUCAUUCCAUCCAUUAAUAUCAAUGAAAUUUAAAAUUCCUCACUAUUGGCUGGUUCGUGCCAAUGUGGCAUAAGUGACAUAACACUACAGUUUUCCCAUUUUAUAAACACUGGAAUUCCCCCACCACUCCAGAUAAAUUCAUUUUCUGACUUUGUUUUUCCAUGCUUAAGUCAGAAUAAUAGAAAGCUUUGCAGACACCACAUUUCACUUUUUAAAAAAUCAGAUUCCAUACAGAUUGGAAGAAAUAAAGAACAAAAUGAAGAACAAAAUGAAAACUUUGGCUGUGGGUUUCUUUGAUGAAUUCAUUUUGCCAGUCAAUUGGCAAUUUCAAGCUUUGUAUUUGAACUGAGAGAAAUGCUGGGCAAAUAAGUUCAACAUACGCCUGAAGACCACAUGAGGCCUAUUUUCCAAAAGCAGUGUUCUUUAUUCUUCAUGUCUGUUCAAUGCCACCAGAGGGUGUACAUCAUUCAUGGUUCUCUUUUUCAGAAUGAAAUAUUAUGGAAAGUGAUUUCUUUUUAACUGAAAUUUCCAUAAAUGUAUACUGGAUUGUAAAAUGACAAUAUUAAUGAAACCAUAGAAGAUUGCAUAAGCGAUUUUGAUAAGAUUUUAGUAUGACAAUGAAACCAUGGAAGAAAAAUUAUUGGCAUAUCAAAUAAAUCAUGUGUAAUAAUA